UAUUACAGCGCAUGCGUUAUAAGGUGUAAAUAUGGCGUCAAGUGCGAUGAGAUAUGUCGUGAAGUAAUUUUUGUAUAUUGUGAUUAUAAGUAGCGAGUAAGAGUAACGAUGGACUCUACGGAUACUAUGAUCGAUCCCCAAGCGGAAGUGAAAAAGCUUCAGGACCUUGUAAAGAAGCUUGAACUUCAAAACGAGGUGUUGAGGAACAAGCAAAAACUACCGCUAGACAAUUCUCUGCAAAAUGGAGAUGUUCCCACUGAUAAAGUUUCUAUCCACAACAAUAAUAUAUCUAAUAAUGACUUGGAGCGUACACAACGGAAGUGUAGAUCGUCGUCAGGAGAAUCCGAAGACGACAUAAUAGACGUGGACAUUCUGUCUCUCAGGGAGGAAGAAGAUACAUGGCUGUAUUCUUCACCAAAGCCUCCAACUCCACAACAGACCCGAGUCAGCCCGUACAAGUGGGUGCGACAGGAGUUUGAUCAUCCAAGUCCUGAACUGGAAACAGCAAAGAGAUCCCUUCUCUUUAAGCUAAAUGAAGUCGCUAAAACCGGCAGUCGUGUUGACACUGGCACCUUCACUCGACCAAAGAAAUCUCGAGACAAAAUACAGCCUGGCAGCUUUGAAAAGGAGAAUGAUCCCCGGGAUGACUCUCAGAGAAACGCCAAUGUUGCUGACAUAGAGACUCUUGCCAAAAUGCAGGAAGAAAGUUUACGACAAAGUAUAAAUGCUUCCCCAAGGAAAGGUCUGCGAGCCCGACAGUUGCCAGGACAGUUUGGUACCAGUGAUACAGACAACAGUGGUUCUCCUGGCGGUUCUAAUAGAUCUAGUCCUGGGCGCUUUGAUAGCGAUGGCAUGUAUCAUCAGCGCCACAGAAACAGCCUUGGUUCCGAUGCCAGUAGUCCCCCAGAUAGUCCACAUGCUAGUCAGUACAUCAACCCUGGAGGGAAUCCUUUUAGUACAGAAUCUCCAAGUGGUCGUCGAAGUGUGCCCAAUGUGUCCCGCCUGCAGUACCCCCAGCCUGGCCUUCACUCGAGUGACUCGAGUCUAGACCAUCAGUCAGUAGGGAGUGAUGAAAACAACCUUGCCCCAGAGGCACGUAAUAUGUCCCGUCUACAGCAACCUGCACUCCGGUCAGCUUCACCAGCCAUUGGGGGGCUAAAACAACCUGCCCAGAUCCCCCGCCGGGCUACGUCCCCCUCCAGAAGUGGUCUUCCUACUCCCACCCGCAGGACAAUCCCGCGCCCUGCUACAGGCAGGACUUCCCUUCCCACUCCUAGAAGAUCCAAUGCCUCUUCACCGCGCCCUCCCUCAUCUCAGGACUCAGAUGAAAGUUGGCGUGAGGGUUGUUUCUAGACUGUCUGCUGUCUACCUUGAUAUAUUCUAACCCGACAAGACAAUGGUGUUUCAAUAUGUAUAUCUGACCUGUUUCAGGGGAAGGUAAACUGCCAGCCGACGUAGGGCAUAUGUAAGUUUGUCUUGAUAAGUGCUCGUCACCUCGUGUGGGAGUGCUAGAGUUCCCCUGUUUGACUCUAUAUAUUCACCUGUCAGGGCCUAGUCUAUAUAUGCAUUGGUAGUCGACGCAACGUUAUGCGUGACAUCAUCUUCAUGCAUGUGCAACACUUGCUAAUCUAUCACUCAUUCAUCUUGUUGAUUUAGAGAAUUAGAGUUGUGAUGAAUCACUGAAUGCAAUAAAACUUGCUAACUACACAAUUAUAAUCUUCAUUGACAUCUAUCAUUUAACUGUCUGUGGUAGUGUUGUCAAAACAAUGUCAAUCAUGUAUCGUCUUAACAAUCAGAAAACAGUAUUAUAUUACCAUGGUCAUUGUGGAUUGUAUGAAUCGCUAUCUACCUGAAGAAUUGUUGCUGUUUUGGCAUGGUUACCGUGGUUACUUAAGUAAUAGCAAGGUGGCACAUUGUCGUUUUGAGAUUAACAUCAGAAUUUCUUUUGUGUCUUUAUUACAAAGGAUUUUUACUGUACAACAAGGAUAAUUUCAGGUAAUAUCACAUUUUAUUACAAUCAUUUUCUAAAAAUUGUAGUAGGUUUUGAAAAUGAUAUUAAUUCAAAAGGUUACUGAAAUUGUUUUUUGGAAGAAGUCAUGAUCACAAUCCUUGCUGUGCAUUAAAGUUUGUGUAUUCAGUUUGCAAGAGAUUAGAGAAUUCUAUAUUUCAAUGAAAUAUGUAAUUAAAAGCAAGCUUAUUUUGCUUUGACUUCUGGAAAUUGUCCUCUACAUCUCUUGACAAUUAUCUCUUGCAAACAAUUGAUGUCCUUGAUUAGGGAUGUCAUGAUGCACCAGACUAACGAUUAACCUGUUUUUUUGGACACACUGCACAAUUUCAUUUUUCGUUUCGAUACAAAUGAUAUGUCAUAUCUCUUGACAGAAAGUGAAAGGUGUGAAAAGUUUGAUCGAAAUUUCCAAUAUGUUCUCAAAGGCAAAAGUAGUUAUGAUUACGUUACUUAUGACUGAUUUAGACUUAUCAGUGGUCUGUGAUACACAUACUUCUAGUAAUCUUUUAAUCAAAAAAGAAAGUCACACCUAUAAUUUUUCACUUGCGUUCAGUCAUGGAUUCUCCUGCAUUUAAAUUCGACAUUAUUACACUUUAGAUCUUCAAUGAUAAAGAGAAAUUUUUUUUAAUGUGUUCCUAAGAACAAAUAUGAACAGUAUCACAGUUCCUUUUGUUUUUGUGUAUAUUUCGAUCAAAUUGAAAAUAGUUUUAUUAUUAUGUAUUUUCCCUCUGAUAUUCUUCUAAAUUAUUCUGUCCUGGUAGAAUAUGCUAGAAUAAGAUACAUACAGUGCAUGAUGUGUAGCAUAUCUUGAGAGACCAGUAUUGUGACAUCCCUAUUCUAAAUAUGUAACUUUGUCAAAUCAGACUGGCACGGUGAUGAAGUUUGACAACAUUUUCUGCAUGAGUUCUCAAAAGAGUUAACUGAGAGUUAUCUCCCUUAGUAGAUGCUUGAAAUCUUCCACAAUGUAUACAGGUAUAUACUGUCUCUGUACGCAUGUAUUGUUUCUUCAAAUUGAGACUGAAAGGAACAUGAAAUCUUAAACUCAUAUAUGAAAUCCAAACUUGCAUCGUGAUAGAGUGAUUCUCAUGUCAUUCAUAAACUGAAUUAAUGCUGUCUUCACUAUCCAACUUUUCAUUGAACGCUGCUAUGCAACUAAAAUACAGCUUUUGUUCUAAACAGGCUACCAGUGGCAUUCAUUGAUAAGCAGUGCUUGUAUGUUGUCUGGUUGUUUAUCAGGUCAUCUUGGAUGGAACCAUCAAGUUGAUGCUGCUGGCGCUAACAGCUUUUUUCAGUACAUUAUUUCUCAUGUGUUAUGGAAACCAUUUCGGUACCAUCAGUCUGAGGUGCUUCAAACUGUUUAUUCUGUCUAUUUGUGAAUCUAUUUUGAUCAUGAAUAAUAAUGUUGUGGUUCAAAUUAUGUGUGUGUCAAAAUUCUGACAUGUUUGUUGUCAAAGAGUCAAGAUUAUGAACUAAAUCCAUGACCUUUCUUUAUACUAGUUCUUAUAUCAUGGCUAGAUGUUUUUGCCAUUCUUAAUUCCUGAUGGUGUUGGACCAUAGGACUUGUUGUCAGUAUCAUUUAACAUGAAAACAUUGAGCAUUACAGCCAAAAAUACUUAAGAUGAAAUUGUGAGAAUUAUCUGCAGUGAACUAGCACAUCAUGUAUUAGAGCCACAACAUUUUUUCAUUUGAAGCCUUGGCAGUUACUUCUUUGAGUGGCAGGUUCGCUGAAUGGGAUUAUUACACAGUUGAUGUGUAAAUAUGCUGGCCAUAUAACAUCCACCAUGCUAGUGGUCUAUAAAUAUGUACAUUGUAUCAUCAUCUUCAUCAUAAUCAUCAUCAUCCCUACCUGUGUAUAUUUCUGCCUUUUAUAUGGAUUAUUUUUGCAUCAUGAUCUCAACUCCCUGUGUUAUAAAACACCAUUAUGAAUCUGGAGUGAUUCAGCCUGUAUAUAUGUAGCAUAUUUAUCAAUCAUAUGCUCUUCUGUAUCCAUACAUAAUGAGGCAGGUGUCAGAACAAACGAUUGUACAGACUAGGAAUGGGAAGGUAGGGAUAGCCUGUGUAUAGUCAUCAUGGUAAACCAUUCUACAUGACCAUCCUCACCCCCUGCACAACACCGUCAUCAUUGUAGGGAUGGUUACUCCAGACUUGACAACCAUGGGCCAGCCACACAAGCAUCUUUAGCUCUGCAACCGAAUUUAUGAUAAAAUAUUAUGUAGUUUAGGGGCUAUGCCAGUCAUGCUAUACAUCUCAACUGGACCAUAUUGACCCUAAUUUUUUUUCUCAAUUACCUUACUGGAUGCCGUAUAGUACAUUUUGAUGACUUUGAUCAUUGAAGCUCAUGAAUCUUUAAGGAAUAAUCAGGGAAAAUAGUUUGGGGUUUUGUUAUGUGAAGUUGUUUUAAAUUAUAUUUCACGCAAAAUAUAUAGAUGUAAGCUCUGUGUUUUGGCCUGUUGAAGUUAGAAUAGGUUAGAAAAGGCUGCUAUAGCAAGGCCUUUCUUUGGGAGGCAACUUUAAUAGGUAAAUUCAUUUUGAUGAGGUCAUUCUAAAAAAUUGUAUUGACAUUAUCAAGGUUUGUUUUGAUUCAUUUUUCAAUGACAAUUUUGAAUAGAAUCUUUGUCAAAGAAUAUGAACCAAUAUGAAUCUCUGUGAUCUAGACAAUGUUAACUCAAAAGGACACCAAUCUGACAGAAUUUGACAUUAGGGUUUUAUGUUCUGAGUAACAUUUUGAUGUUUAUUCUACCAGGUAAAGAGUCUGAAUGUAACCUGUACAGGACGUAUACACACUACCUGUUUUUGUGUUUCGGAGGAAUUAUUGAUUGUGAUGUUGUGCAAGGGAUGAGAAUGAGUUUCACAUUAGAAUGCAUAUUCAGUGUCGACAUUGUUACCCAUGUCAAGAAUUAACCUGUAAAUAUGAUUUGCUUGGUACAUAAUAUGUUGAUGUGGAUAUUGUUGGAAUGAACAUGAUAGUUAAUACUUAAAAGACUCGUAAAGAGCGUCAAACUUUUAUCUGGUGCUGGUGUGACCUUGUUGCUUGGUGUAAGUCAGUGGUAUUAUAUUUCAUCAUAAUUGUUAUCCAUUAAGCUUAUACACACUUUAUUUGUUUUGUGUAAGAAUAGAUUAUUUUACUGUACAGCUUCAGCUAAGGUUAGGUUCCGCUCUUCAUCUGUUGAUGCUGUAAUAGUUUUGGCUUUUCAGCUUACCAAGUUUGGGAAAUACUGUUUUCAUGGUUUGUGACCGUCGGCCAUUUUGAUGCAAAAACAGGCUGAAUUUUGUACAUUGGCAAAUACCAAAGGAAAUGUUUUCUUCAAAUAAUAUUAUUGAAAAUAUAUUUUAAGACAGAUGUCAGCACUUAUCAUUAGAUGCUUGUAGUAUUGCUUUGUUAUUUGUCAUGUGAAGUGACCGAUUGAUGUUCCUCCAUUGGAACAUGUCCUGAAAAGUUUAUAAUCAAAGAUUUAUAUUUAAUGAUGUGACAUUGUAUAAAGUUGAUGCAUCUUAUGAUAUUCAAAUUUUUAAAAAGAACUGCUAUUUACAAACUUUACCUCAAACAGAUUGAAAAAGUGAUACUUUCUGAUUUUGUUUGAAGCAAGUUGAAACAAGCUUCUCCUGCUAGCCCUCGAGAAGCCUAGCUUGUGGAGAGUAAGGCCUAUUUUGGGAAAUUAUUUCUUUACUAAUUUUCUAAAAUUACUAGACUUAGUGGUGAGUAUCUACUUCCCUCACUCAUCCUACUGAUAUUUUGUUUUGUUACUGAAGCUGGACAGCAAAUUCAGCUAAAUUUUUAAAAGUUAGUUUUAGUCCUUAUGUUUUGAAAUUUCUGGUUUAAGCAUCUGAAAACCAAGUUAUUGAAUGUUUGAUGUUAUUGAUGAUUAUACAGCCAAAAUGGAUACAGAUAGAAUGGCCUCUAGCAUUCGUAGGUAUGCCAACAGUCGUUUACUUAUUCUUCACAUCUUACUGAUCAAAUUCAGUUUGGAUACUAAGAGCCAUGUUCAGGAAGUAGACUCAAAAGAUUUUGUCACAAGCUGUUCAAAUUAUUGUAAGGACCCAAGAGAUAGAAUUUUGCAAUCUUUAUGUAUAUAAUUUCAUAUUUACAAUAAAAAGAUCUGAUAUGCAGCACUGGACUUCUGGCUGCACAACAGCACUGGCUGAUUAUACGAACACCUUUUGUUUCCAACCAAGGCACAAGUUGUAUAAUCUGAGUGCACUGAUCACUUGCAGCCACCCACUGUUGUAGUUAACGGGUAGAGAAUGAGCCUUGAUGGUGUUAAACACUUUAAACACUAUGCUUAGUAUUGCCAUUACUUCCUAAUAUCUGCACAUAUUUGUUCUGGAAUGACCAGGUGCUGGGAAUCAGUUUCCAUCCUCUGGAGUAGUUUCAGCUGACAGAGGAACGUAUGAGGUCUCUCAAUCAUGUUUAAUCUCUUACAUUAGGCUGCAUAAAAAAUAUUGUUCUUUCUCAUUGCUGUUUAAAAAAUAUUAUUUUCUCAUUAAAAUUCCCAAUGUAUAAAUGAAAACAAUGAAGUACAGGGCAUGUUUUUGUGACUUUUUACUUAUUGGUGGUCAAAAAGCCUUUCGGCAAAAAUUACAACUUCGCUGUGAAAAAUGACUGAGUUUUGCUUGCUAAAGAAUUAAUAGUGUUUAGGGUUUGGCUGACUUUUUGUCAUUGAUGAAAAGAAGAGAAUAUAUUUAUGCGGUCAUGUGUUAAAAUCAAGUUAUUUAUUACAUCAAAGAGACAGAUUGUAAACAUUUCAAUGUUGAGGCCUAGGAUUUUUCUUGGGAAAGAAAUGUGCAUGAAGAAAUAUCUUUUCACUGCUUUGGGAGAAAAUGAGUCAGUUACCAAAUGAAAGGAUUUCUGGUGAGCAGACAGAAUUGUGCUUAUUGUUUUAAAAAUGUCAUUGUCUCUCAGCAAGUUAUCCCAUAUGAAAAUAACAUGAUUGGUUAGUGAUGAUAUUGUGUUCUAACAUAAAAUGUUAUUUUUUUUGUGACAUUGUUCUGUUACUGAAUCUGAAAUAAUAUUGUUUGAUUCGCUGAUGCUGUCACAUAGCUAACAAACCUUGGCCUAGAUUUUCGAAAUGAUCAUAGCCCUACGAACCUCUUAUGUCCAUUCUUAACCCAUUGGCUUCGAUUAAAGUUAAGAAUUCUUAUGGAUACAAACUUUUUGAAAAUCUAGGCCCUUGAUUGUAUCUCUUGUAAGAGCAAAUAAGUUGUUUCGAAAAUUCAGUGCUGAACCCUGCUACGGAUUUGUGUUGAUGACCUUGUGAACACAACAUGAACAUAAUCUACUGGUGGACAUGUUGCUAAUGCAGUUAAUGUCGGACAAGAAAUAUUAAAAUGUUUGUUCUAUUUCUGUAUCCAAAGUGUCCCUCGCCAAAUGCAUGAGCUAGUUUUGCAUGGAUGUUGCCUGGCAUUUUGAUAGAACCUUGUGCUUGAUUUAUCUCAUUUACUAUUACUGAAGUUUUCCUUUACGUACAUGAGUCCAUUCCUUUUUCGAUAAAUUGUACUUUCCCACUAAAAAGGACAAUGUUAUUGUUGCAGAAAAAAUGUGGAAUAUUGUUAUGAAAGUUAUUGUAAAUGAACAAAAGACAGCAACCUUAUUUUUGGAUUUAAAUUAUCGGUCAGAACUGAAAUUUGUGAACAUUUAAGAUUUUGUAAUUUGUUAAGUGAUCACGGACAGUUUUCAUCAAGUGUCUGUAGUCUUUUGUUGCAUCUCUGACAUGAUGAAAAGCUGCUAUCGAGGACCGUGUCAUGUUUGAAACUAUUUAGCCUUACUUAAAUUUUGUGUUGUUAUACACACAUGCAUGUGUAGGAAAACACUAAGUUUUCCAUGAUCAGAUCAGUUGAGAUUCAUGUUAACACAUCUAGGAAGUUCGAUAAAGAUCUCCUAAUUUCUUAAAACAUACAGACCUGGGCCAGAUCUCUAAAAGAUCUAGAUGCCCCAGAAGGUUCUGUUUGGGUCCUGAAUGUUUCUUACUAUACAGAUCAGUUACUGGGUGGUGGGGAAGCCUAGUGGUUAAAGCGUUUGCUCGUAACACCAAAGACCCGAGUUCAAUUCCCCACAUGGGUACAAUGUGUGAAGCCCAUUUUUGGUGUCCACUGUCGUGAUAUUGCUGGAAUAUUGCUAAAAGCGAUGUAAAACUAAACUCACUCACUCACUAAUGAUUUACUCGCCCCAAAAAGUGAUAUCGUUGGCCCAGAACUUUCCCCAUUCUACCUCCAUUGUGUUUGAUCAAAACAAGUAAAACUGGGUUUUGUUACACUAAUAUGGACAGCUAUCAUGAAAGGAGUAUAACUACUAGUCUCAAUAUACUUUUAUAGGACAUAGGGUUCAUUGAGAGUUAAUAGAUUUGGUAAUUAUUACAAUGUGGUGAAUGUCUCAAACAAGAAUGUAGUGCUUAUAUAGAUGUAGUUAUGUUUUGUUUGCUUCAUAUCAUAGAGAUACCACGCCUAGUGCAAGCUUUGCAUAUCAUGGCACACAUGGUUGUCGGUAUUUGGUAUACUACUUCCCUAUAUAAUGUUGUUAUCAAAAUAUAUAUUUAUCAACGGAAAGGCUUGAAAGGUACUGUAGAUACUACAGCAUGCAGUUGAAAAUGUUUUUGCCUUAGCCGUCCUUGUUUGCAAUUUAUGUUCUGUUUUGUUGUAAAUUACUGUAAUGAUUAUAUAUCAUUGUGAUUGUAAGAAUGUAUAUUAGUUUGUAUUUAUUUAAAUGAGAGUGCUGAUUUCGUGACUUUCUGUUGUUGAAAGACUGUCUUGUCCAUCUCAGUCUAUAGUUGCAGAAUACUGAUAAUCUAGAGCAGAAUGAAGAAGUUAUUGCUAAUUUGACAGACUUUCUUAAAUCUGGUUUAUUUUCUUGACUGGUAUAUAUUUGGUUGUUUUCUUUGAUUACCUGGAAAAUACUCUUUGUUCAGUAAACAGGAUUAUAAAAUUAGUUUAUGAAAGGAUUUUUUAUUAAGAAUAAUGCUUUUACUCUGCUUUGCUUUCAUAAUUAGAUAGAAUAUAGUUCACUUACAAUUUUUGAUUGCACAUAAGUUAUAUUUCUGCUUGUAGCUUAGCAUGCUCCGGACACUUUCGAUAGGGAUUAGACUUUAUUGUGGAAAUGUUGAAUGAUAACUGCCAGGAAUGUGAGAGUGAAAACAUGCUGUAUUAAAAGGGGUAUUGCUUGCAGUGUCAAACAUGGUUUUUGCCAAAAAGAUAUUGUUCAAUGUUCUUAUACAUGUAAAGUUUUUAGUGUAGACAUUGCCAUGACGUUCUAAAACUGUGCAUAAAAAGUGUUAUUCUUUGCAAUAUUCAUGGACAGAUUUUCUUUCAGCAAAGGAACAUGUACCAAUGAUACAAAGAUGUAAGCAUAUUUCCUAAUUCUUGGCCAGGGCUGACAACCUAGCCAUUGAAAUUAACUACUGUAACGUAAAUAAUUUAGUCUUUCAAUUGCCCUUAGAAACUAAAGAAUGUUUGAUUUGUCAAAGUGUUGUACACUUGUGGGAUCUUUCCAAGAUGUUAGUUUCGGAGUCUGCAUGAGGAGCUAUUCUAGGUUUAUCCAUGGAAACAAUGUCAUGUCAGUGUGACCUUUACAUUGCUGUUUGCUUCUAAAGGAGACAGGGGCGGUGGGGUAGCCUUGUGGUUAAUGCGUUCCCUCAUCACACCGAAGGUCCGGGUUCAAUUACCCACAUGUGUGAAGCCUAUUUCUGGUGUCCCCCGCCAUGAUGUUGCUGGCAUAUUGCUGAAAGCGAUGUAAAACCAUACUCACUCUAAAGGAGACAGCUGGUUGAAGUCAGUGAUGUAUGAGUACCCCUUUUAGAUAUCCUCAUUUUGCUUUAGAUGACGUCAACAGUUUGAUAACAGCAUGUCCAAAUUUGUCCCACUUGUGAGAACUUUUUUCACAAUCAAAUGGAGAAUGUUGGCAGUGUUCUCUCUUAGCAUUUACUGUAAACAAAUAGUAUCUCUGAACUUGUUGUAUAUUUAAUAUGAAAGCUAAUGGCAUUAUGAUGAUGCAAUGUGAUAGUAGUAAGUCAUGUAGCUCCCACCCACUCUGUAACACAGUGCUGGUGAGGAGGAUUGUAGAUACACUGUCAUGCUCACUGAGAUGGCUGAAGACUGGACGACCAGGCAUGGUCAUGUAUACCAAUACUGUCAGGAUGGUCAGCAUAUUUCUCAUUCCAGGAUGGAAAUUAAAACAUUAUAUAUA